CUGUGCGAUCCACAACUCACUUCAACCUCUCCCACCCAAUUUCUCCUCCUAACUAAAUUGCCCCUCCUGUGUCUCCCUAUCACCUGGCCUCAGAGUCUGGCCCCUAACUCCGUUUUCCAUUUGUCCUUUCCCUGCCCCACCAGCUUCCCUCCAGGGACUACUUCCUGCACUAGGCUUGCCUCCAGGCACCUGCUAGGAGCCAGCCAUUUAACACUGACCACUCCCUUUAAGCCCCCAGUGACUCAUUCCCCGCUCCCAGCCUGGGCUGCUGCCUUCCCUAUACCUUUAACAAACCUCCACGUGCAUGUUAACGGCGGUGACAGCAUUUCCUUGUGUCUCUGCUCCCGCCCCCGAAGGCGCCGCCCAUUGGCUGCUGGGUUCUUCUGCUCUCGCUCUAAUUGGCCUCGCUCCCGCAAAACUCCAACCAAUGGCCUCUCCGCACCUGUCUCCCUCCUCCGACCCUGAGCGCCCAUUGGCUCUGAGGACUUAGUACCUGUUAGCCGGGCUUGGCAACUGGAGAAUUCUUCCUUCCCCCGGGUAAAGUCCCAGGCUGAGAAAUUGGUUCCGAACCCAACGGAACCUGGCGCCGGGCGACGCCGGGUCACGUGGCUGGCGGCCUCAUGACGUGCGGGCUGCGAGGCGUCACCGCGACGUUCGGGCAACCUACCGAGCGGCCCUACCUCCACCACCUGUGCGGUGGCGGUGUCGUCAUGGACCUGGGACCGAUGCGCAAGAGUUACCGCGGGGACCGAGAGGCAUUUGAGGAGACUCAGCUGACCUCCCUGGACCCCGUGAAGCAGUUUGCUGCCUGGUUUGAGGAGGCUGUUGAGUGUCCUGACAUAGGGGAAGCCAAUGCCAUGUGCCUGGCUACCUGUACCAGAGACGGAAAACCCUCUGCCCGCAUGGUGCUGCUGAAGGGCUUUGGCAAGGAUGGCUUCCGUUUCUUCACUAACUUCGAGAGUCGAAAGGGAAAAGAGCUGGACUCCAAUCCCUUUGCUUCUCUUGUCUUCUAUUGGGAGCCUCUCAACCGUCAGGUGCGUGUGGAAGGCUCUGUGAAGAAGCUGCCUGAGGAGGAGGCUGAGUGCUACUUCCACUCCCGCCCCAAGAGCAGCCAGAUCGGGGCCGUGGUCAGUCACCAGAGUUCUGUGAUCCCUGAUCGGGAGUAUCUGAGAAAGAAAAACGAGGAACUGGAACAGCUCUACCAAGAGCAAGAGGUGCCAAAGCCAAAAUACUGGGGUGGCUACAUCCUGUACCCACAAGUGAUGGAGUUCUGGCAAGGCCAAACCAACCGCCUGCAUGACCGGAUCAUCUUUCGGCGGGGCCUGCCAACAGGAGACUGCCCUUUGGGGCCCAUGACCCACCUUGGGGAGGAAGACUGGCUCUACGAGAGACUUGCACCCUGACUUCCAAUCUGUUCGUGCCAACCAGAGCUGAGGCCGAGUGCUAAGAGAGGGUGUGGGGUCUGGAGCCAGACCCUUCUAAACUCAACCCAUUUCCCUCCCUACCCCUUAUAUUUAAGGCUCUCCAGAGUUCAAGCUCCAAAUUCUGUAUUUUCAGUUGGCUUUCAAGUAGGUGGUCUAGUAGAGUAGAUAGACAUUUACAAAUGGGAAAAAAAGAAAUCCCACAAUUAUGUUCUUGACCUUGAAUGUGAUUUAUUGGGAGAGCUCCCUCAAGAGGUAAUAGCUGGUGUGAUUCCCUUUUUCUGGUGACCCUGAGAGGGCCCCCAGCUGCCCUGUUACCAGUGUGACUGAGUCAUACUGCCCAAAGCUGAUUGAUUCCAGCGUAAGCACCUGAGCCAGUCUAGCCAAUCGUUUUUUUCUUGUCAACAAUUUGAAAUUUGAAAUGAAGAGAUCCAGAGUCUGAGAGGCAUUGUAGCCAAGUCGUUAAUGGCAGCCAAGAAGAUACAGCCUCCAGCUGCUGCUCUUGAAAUUCCCUGAGUGACCUUGGAUCCCUUCUCCCACCUCUGGGUUGUGUAAUUCCUCCUCCCACCUCAAAACACCCACUAUCCUGUGGGGGGUGGGGGUGGGGGGAGGAGGAAAGGAAGAGGAAGGGAAGAGGAAGGGAAGGAAGGGAAGAAGGAAGUUAGGAAGGAAGUUGUUUGGCGCUUAAACUAGCUAGAAUCAAUUUCUGUUGCUUGCAACUAAAGGAGACUUAACUUAUUUACUUGUGUACCCUACUGAUAACUGCCUCCCAUUAUCUGAAGCACCAUGAUGUGGAAAAGAGAUUAAAUUUAUUCUCUGGAGCUCCAAAGGAACCAUAAGUGGAAGUUGCACAGAAGUAGAUUUCAUCUCAAUGUGAGGAGAGACUUCAAAUAGCCAGGACUGCCUAAGAUGGAGUGGACUACCUGUUAGGUAGCAAGUGUCUCUAGAAGUAUUCAAUCCCAGGUAGUCAGUUUUAUAGAAGGGAUUCAUGUGCUGGUACUUAUCAGCCCGGCAGAUUUUAAGCAAGCUUUACUUUCCAUGCUUGUUUAUGAGAAUUAUAUCUGCGUGUAUAUAUACAUACACAUAUAUAUUUCAUUUUCCAGAUAUAAAAUUGUUAUAGGGAUUAUACCUUUCUCACUACUCCUACAUCCCCUUCACCUAUCCCCCCCCCCCCCCAACUCUACUGAUGAUGACUCCUAGACACUGGUUUUCUUCCAUGCUGGAAUUACUCAGGGAGCUUUAAUCAGAUGUGAUUUAACUGGCCCGAGUGUGGUCCGAGCUUUGGGAAAUUGAAAAGCUCCCCAGGGAAUUCAGUGUUGCCAAAAGUCGAGAGCCUCUGGUUUAGAUCCUUGCCACUCGCAGUGUGGUCCACAGACCAGCAGCAGCAAUACCACUUGGGAGCCCCAGACUCAUGGAUCCCAUUCUACAUUAAAAAAAA